AUGAGCAAAAACUACAAAUUAUUGAAUGAACUGUUCGAUAAAGUGUUGGCAUGCACAUACAUCCAAAGUGAUUAUAUGGAAGCAUUUAUUAUGAAAUUGGAUGAAAUUUACAAAUUUUCUGACCAACGAUUACCACUUAAUACACUUAUUUUUGUUAAUUCUUUGAAGUCAAGGUUUUAUUCACUUCCACAAGUAUUUGCACCUGAAUAUUAUCUUAAACUUGCUCUUGGUCCACUCCGUUAUUCGCUGCAUAUUUCAACUUCAAAUAUGUUCAACAUUGGUUACGUAGUGCUAGUACUGCGAAAUUGUUUGCUUUCUGUCGAGAAUGAGUCAAUAGGACGAAAUCAGUGGACGUUUUUCUUAGAAUUUCUUGCCGAUUUUUUAAUGUGCUGUGAGGAAUGCACAUUGUGUGAAGUGAGGGUGGUAUGCAUGGAUACUUUCAAAAUGUUUUUGUCGAAAUUUGAAUCGAUAGCUCAAGUUCUUAUCAUCCGGAAAUUGUUCAGCAUGAUUCGAAAGGAUGAAAUACAGAGAAAAAAUCUUCACAAAGUCAACAUUUACGAUGAAAAGUCAUUAAAAUUUGAAGCACAACUUCUUGCUUGGAUUAUCGAUUUAUUCCGUUCCAAGCUUAAUUACGAGGUGUUUCGUAGAGAACUUGGUUAUUUCUGGUGUGAUAUAAUUAAUAUACGUUAUCCAUGCCUCAGCGAUGGAUUACAGUACUAUUUGUCUGUCUUCAUAUUUGCUCAGGAACAGGCGCUGCGUAGGAUGAAUCCAGAAUUGGUGUUAAAUAUUUAUAAGCAUUAUCUUCAACCCUUGCAGUCGCAAAUAUCAGAUUGGACAGAAUUGGUGAAAGUCGAGGAACGACAGAUAAGUCGUGGAAGUCUUGAAGUGCCUCCCAAUCAGCUGUCUAUUAGUAUGGAGCGUUUAGAAAUGGAAAGCCGUCGACAACAUGACGUCCAAUCACUACCAUUGCUCCAGUUUCAGUAUUCACAAACUUUGAACUUUGUUGAAACUUUCCUGCGUUACGCACAUAUGCUAUAAUCGAUGAAUCUUAUGGACUCAUCGAUUAUAUGUUGAACUUUUUUCGACAAUAACGAAUCUUUUUCAAGACUGCCAGAAUUUAUGUUUGAAUUUCUCUUAUUGAUCAGAUUUGUAAUAUUCUCUUGGGU